GCGGUGCGCGGCAUCUUCCGCGCGGGGUCCCCGGCCGGUGGCUGCGCUCGGGCGCCCCGGGCCAAGAGGGGCCGCUCCCGGCCGGCCUAGAGGGCGCCAAGGGCUGCGCAACGAGCCCGAGGCGAGCGCCAGGGAGGCUGUGCCAAGGCGGGCAGGUUGGCCAGGCGGGCGCUGCGGAGAGAGCCCCGGCCUCCCUCCCUCCUUCCCGGCUCGGCCUGGCCAUGGCAGCCGCCGAGGGGGCGAGCGCGGGGGAAGGGGAGCUGGCCGAGCGCGUCCUGCUGAACGUGUCGGGCCUGCGCUUCGAGACGCGCCUGGGCACCCUGGACCAGUUCCCGGAGACGCUGCUGGGCGACCCGGCCAAGCGGCUGCGCUACUUCGACCCUCUGCGCAACGAGUAUUUCUUCGACCGGCACCGGCCCAGCUUCGACGGCAUCCUGUAUUUCUACCAGUCGGGGGGCAAGCUCCGCCGCCCGGUCAACGUCUCCCUGGAGGUCUUCGCCGACGAGGUGCGCUUCUACCAGCUGGGCGAGGCGGCCCUGGAGCGGUUCCGGGAGGAGGAAGGCUUCCUGCGGGAGGAGGAGAAGCCACUGCCCACCCACGAGUUCCAGCGCCAGGUGUGGCUGAUCUUUGAGUGUCCCGAGAGCUCCGGUUCGGCUCGGGGCAUCGCCAUCGUCUCCGUGCUGGUCAUCCUCAUCUCCAUCGUCACCUUUUGCUUGGAGACCUUGCCGGAGUUCCAGGAAGAGCUGCGGGACCCCACGGGCCAAGCGCCCCGCCCGAGCAUCCUGGCCGACCCGUUCUUCGUCAUCGAGACCACUUGCGUCAUCUGGUUCACCUUUGAGCUCCUGGUGCGCUUCUUCGCCUGUCCCAGCAAGCCGGAGUUCUCCAAGAACAUCAUGAACAUCAUCGACGUGGUGGCCAUCAUCCCUUACUUCAUCACGCUGGGCACCGAGCUGGCCCACGAGCAGCAGAAGGGCGAGCAGCCGGGCAACAGCGGAGGCCAGCAGCAGGCCAUGUCCUUGGCCAUCCUGAGGGUCAUCCGCCUGGUCCGGGUCUUUAGGAUCUUCAAGCUGUCCAGGCACUCCAAAGGGCUGCAGAUCCUGGGGCAGACCUUGAAAGCCAGCAUGAGGGAGCUGGGCCUUCUCAUCUUCUUCCUCUUCAUCGGCGUCAUCCUCUUCUCCAGCGCCGUCUACUUCGCGGAGGCCGACGACCCGGAAUCCUACUUCUCCAGCAUCCCUGACGCCUUCUGGUGGGCGGUGGUCACCAUGACUACGGUGGGCUACGGGGAUAUGAGCCCCAUCACCGUGGGUGGGAAGAUCGUGGGCUCCUUGUGUGCCAUCGCUGGCGUGCUCACCAUCGCCCUGCCCGUCCCGGUUAUCGUGUCCAACUUCAACUACUUCUACCACCGGGAGACAGACCACGAGGAGCAAGCUUUUCUGCAAGAGGACUCUGCCAGCCUUCUUCGGGGCAGCUCGGGGGAAGAGGCGAAGAGGAAAGCCUCCUGCAAAUCUGUGGUGCAUUUGGAGCAUCUGGACGAGACCCACAACGGGACCAGGUCGGUGGAGAAAAGCAACAUGAAAGCCAACAGCACCAUCGAUCUGAAGAAGUCUCUCUACGCCCUUUGUAUGGAUUCCACCAGGGAAACCGAUCUGUAAGAAUAACAAUUCCAGGUGGCGAUUUAUAUCAGGGAACAAAGCACUGGGUUUUGUUUAUUUUAUUUUAUUUAAAAAAAAAAGUUUGGUCGCUUAUUUAAAAAACAGCUCUAAGUUAGUGGAUUCUUCUCUCUCUCUUUUUUUCUUCUUCUUUUCAACUAUGAAUUCCUUCUGAUGACUCAGCAUCGGGUUUAUGCUGAGCCAAGGAUUUCAAACAAAGAUUUAGUUGGCCUCCACUUCCCAUUAUCUGAGCGAUUUUGGGGUGGGAAAAAAGACCUGGCUUGUAGAUAAUUUAUUUUUCCUAAACUCAAAAAAACCAGGGGGGAGUUUUUGUAGAGUUCGUUCGUAGCACACACACCCCCCAGCCUCAAAUCCCCUCGCUCCUGUAAUCUUUUCUUCUGAGGCCAUUUUUCUCCCGUGGGUAGUAAAUGAAUUUUUAUAUAGGUACCAUCGUUUCCAGCUAAGAUAUUUCUAUUUUUUAAUAUGUCUGAUGAAAAAUAGCCAUGUUACUGUGAUAUACGAAACCAUGACCUCUAGGUAGACCUUUAGCCAAGGAAUAUAUUUCCUGUUUUAAAGUAAAAAAACAAACAAACCCUAACCCUUUCCUUUUAUGCGUGCAUUCUAGUAGCAAAAGCAUUGCAUUGUCUAAAGUUUUGUACGUUUGGUGAGAAUUAAAUUAUAUCAGUGGCAACCUUUUG